AUGGAUAGCCAUGAUUGGGAGAAGCUAGAGAAAACAGUUCGUGAUAUUCGUGAAAACACAGUCACCGCGCGUUCGAGGGCCACCUACCAGAACUCAUACUGCCGCUUCCUCGCUUGGAUUAUCCGCAACAAGCCGCAUCUCGUGCCCAAGCCCUUCCUCGAUGGCCUCGCUACCCGGCUUGAUACUGUUCAAGAUAUUUUAUCCGAGCUCGAGAAGCGAGCUAUAGGUGCUGGAACGGUUACUUACGACGGUCUUCAUGAUGCUAUAAGAGCGUGUCUUCAUGAUAGUGGCGUUGGCGAGCUUGUCGAGAAGCUAUCCAGCAGACAAGAAUCUGUUGUCGACGCUGCCACUGAAGGCAACGAGGGUCAGCUUUGCCACUACUGGAGUGGAAAGUUUCGGCGUGUACCCGCAGAUUUUACCAUCCCUGAUUGCUCCGUACGUCACGUGUGGGUGCUGUGGAUCCAGCUUCGGUUUGUGAUGCUCAAGAUUGAGAAAGAUGCAACAUCUAAAGAGCUGUUUCCUUGUAGCACUGCCAUCGAUGCUGCAACCGAUGUGUUCAUUAAGUGGGCAAGCAGCGUCGCUGUAGACGACAUCACCGAACACUCACGAAAGCGACGCCACGGGCAGCUGAGCUGGGCAACAGUAGGAAAACUGUUGAGGAAGAAAGCAAAAACAACAAGUAGUUAG